AUGAGCCGAAUCGCCGUGAGACAUUUCAGCGUGGCUCGACGAGUCAUGUCCAAGCCCACGCUCGGCGACUCCUUCGACUCGCUCGUCUCCCAGGCUCUCAACGAUGAGACCAAAAAGCCCGAGACCGGCGCCCAGCAGAAAAACUCUUCGCGAGACCUGCUAAACCGACUGGGCGCUCUGUCCAAUGACUCCAAGCGUCUGCAGGGUCUGAUGAACCCCCACAACAUGCGAGAUCGACUUCACACCCAGUUCCAGUCCAUUCCCCACACUGGUAUGGCACAGCGAUCGUGCGUCGAUGUCAAGGAGGGAGGCGUCCAGACUGCCAUGAAGCGUCUGGCGGGCGCUACCUCGUCGCAUGUCAAGCCCCACUGGUUCCGACAGAAGCACUACGAGCGGCCCUGUAAGAAGGCCUGGCGAAUUAAGACCGAGCGGUCCCAGCGAAAGUUCGACGCCGGUGUGAACGCCAUCUUCUACCAGAUCCGACGGGCCAAGCAGCGAGGUUAUUAG